GGUUCUCAAACGAACGUGAGCAGAACCGUCCUGAGUUUUGGCGGAGCUGAGCGGCGGCUGCCUCGUCCUUGGGUCGUCGCCUAAAAAGCCUCUUAGGCCGGUUCCGAGUCUCCCUCCCCCCCUCCGGAUCGCUCAGGAAAAUGCUACGUAAAUAAAACCUCUGCAUGCAAGCCUGCUGGUAAGAUGCCAAUACAGGACAAUUCCAGAGCAUGGAUUGGGACGCACGCCUCAGUUCCAUAUUGGUUGAAACAGACAGCAACAUGGCCAAAAUUAAGCAACAUCUCAACACAGACAAUAUAUCUUCCAAAGCUGAUUUGUUAAUGGGCAGAAUAAAUAUUGGGAGUACUGUUCCGACUCAGCCACAGACUGGACUACCACCCUUGCAUUUCACAUGUGGAAUUCAUCCAUGCUGUAGAAUGGCCAAUGAGGAGCUUUCAACCAUCAGCCAGAAACUACAUUCACAAGCCCAGAUUAUAGAGUCACUCACCCAAGCAGUUUGUCGGCUCAAACAAGAGAAAGAACAGCAGCAGCAGAGUAUCAAUCACCUAGAAGGUGAAAUGAAUCGCCUACAGCACAAUUCACCUGGUAGCUUUGAAUCAUUGCUGGGAUGCAGAAUGGAAGGGUUGAAGAAUGAGCUCUGCAGCCUUCGACAGCAUGUGCUUCAUCGGUCUGAUGGAGAUUGUACUCCUGGCGUCAUGCAAGAUAUGUUGGAGAGUAAAAAAAUCCUAUGGCAAGAAUACGAGUGCAUCAAAAGAGAGAUAGAUCAGCUGAAACAUAAACUUGAUUGCCAAGAAGAGGAACUGUACAAUCAAGUUUCUGCAACUCAUGAGAUUAAGAGAAUCCAAAACCGGUACUGUAAGAUGUUGGAAGAAUUAAUAAACACUCAUAAAACGCAGGUUCUGGAUUUUGACAAAACAAGGAAUGAAACUCAGAACACCCAACAGGAACUCAAUGUUGUCAAAUCUACAGUGACUGAUCUAAAAGAACAGGUGAAAUGUCUCAGCUUAGAAGACAAGUAUACUACACAAGCCAAGGAGGAUAGCACUGAUCUGGAAAAGAAUGAAGAAUUACUGCAUGAAGACUUAUCUUUCUCCUUUAGUAGUGAUGAUUCCAUCUCUGAGUUCAGUCUCACAGAUGUCAGCUCGGAUGAACUUUUCAGUGAGACAGAAGUUGUACAACUUGCUGAUGACAAGGUUUCUUUACCAAGUUUGAAACUGGAGAAUAUCCCCGGAGAGGCAAUUGGUGGCAUGUUGGAGAGGGAAGAAAUCAGCAGUGAAUUAUCCACCAGUUUGCCUGAGCUGAACUUCAGUGACCUUUAAAGCAUCAUUUAAGAGCUGCCUCAUGCUUUUUAACGAGGAAACAAAUUAAAAAGGAAAAAACAUAAGGAGUUGUUUUCAACAUGCUAAAAUGCUUUUGUACAGAUAUUGCACGAGGGAGGAGGAGGAGGAGGAGUGAUCUUAGUCCAUGUCCUGUGUCAUAUUGGAACAUCAAGAUUUGGUGGGAAGGUCUGGAAUCAUUUCAAUGACACUGUGCAUCUUGUUAAUAGCUUCCAGUGUCUCUUUCUAGAAAUGAAACAAUGGUAUUAAUGAACUCCAAUAUACAUCAAAUAUGACAUAUAUCUUUUUUUUCCAAAACUUAGUCUGUAACCUAACACAGGCAAGAAAAAUAUUCUGGAAGUUAAUUCAUCUUAAACAUUAACAAAGCCCAUUAAUUUGGUCGGUAUCUGUAAUCCAGGAAGGAAGGAAACAUCUACUAAAGGACAGAAGAGCCUAUACUAUAUUACAUGUAUGAAACCAUUGAUUUGCCACAGUGCACCAGCAAGUUAUUAAGACAAACUUUGCUAUAUAUGGAGGCAUGUUACAGUUUUGUGCUCGUAGACAAAUUUUCAGGACAGUGGGGCUCAACAUGUCUUGUUUAGGGGCAGUUUGAAUUAUUGGAUAAUUCUGGGUGUGCCCAUCUUGUUUUCUUUACCACUGACAUGUUACAGUCAUAAGGGAACUAAUUUGUCUAAGUGACAGUGUAUCCAAGGAUACUGAUUUUCGAUUAGGUGGGGAAGAAAUCGGUGUAGCUUCUUAAUUAUCAUGCCUUGGGUCAUUUUCAGUGAAUGGCAAAUGUUAAAAUAAAAUCUAAGAGUCAUGCUGGUUGGGUUCUUAUUCAACCUAAAAUUAAGCCUAUAUUAUUUAAGUCAAUGAGGAAAUACGUCAAAGUACACGUGGAUUUAUUUGUGAUGAAGUUCUCCUUAGUUUGCAUUGUGUCACUACACUUUUGAGAAUAAUAUUGCAAUAAAGGUUACUUUCUCCUUGACAACUUUAUGGUUAAAAUAAUACACACAAGCAAGACAUACUUGCAACUUUUAAAGUGAAAGAUUUCCAGUUGUGGGAAUUAACAGAAAAGUCAUGAAUGACGUUUGAAAAAUAAAGCUACAGUAUAAGAAUAUAACAUAUUAGGUGUUUCUAAUAUUACAUCUCCUGUCAAAUGUGUAGUCUUUGCAUUUUUGUUAAAAGUCUGGAUUUAAUUUAUGCAGUGAUGCAUUCUUAUUGAUUGGACUACCCACAGAUUUAAAAAAACAACUUAAAAAUAAGGCACGUUUUCCUCCCCAGUGUUUUAGCUUGUUUUUCUCAGUAUGUGGGAUUCUCAUUUUGCUUCAUGGAAAUAAAGAAUAUCGAGCAAAUUUUUUGAGACAACCAUUAUUAACUGAAUUGCAACCCCAGAAUUCUUAAUCAUAGAAGGUCCCAGCCUUAGGCAUCUUUAUAGUGACAAAUGAACUAAUUGGAAUAGAUUAAUGCAAAAGCUGCUUAUCUUUUUCUGAACCAUCCAGGUUUGAAGAUAAGAUUAAACUAAUUUUGAAUUGCAGCUCUUACAGUUGCAUCUUUUUUCCAAGGCCUAGAUUUAGUAGAGACCUGCUAAAAUUGUCAUGAAGUCCUCAAUCUUAUUCUGAUUAAUAGAACCCCUGAAAUCCCAUUGGUAUGACAUAUCAGCAUACUGGACAAGGCUGAAUCUCUCACCUAUCCUGUGUUGAAAAAAAAA